AUGACAAUAUCUACCCUUAAUCAAUAUUGUGUCAUUUUAUUAGCCAUAGCAAACAUUUUCUUACCAACAUUAUGUUACUCUACCGAAGAUUAUGAGCCAAAAGCAACCUACUAUGGCAGCCCGUAUGCCAAAGCGUUUCGAGUGGGAGCAUGUGGAUAUGGUCUUUAUGGUAAAACAGUAAAUGAAGGGCAUGUUACGGCGGUCUCUCACCUUUAUAGAAAUGGAACAUGCUGUGGUGCUUGUUAUCAGGUGAAAUGCAAGGGGCCGGAUUGUAGUGAAGAGGGAGUGAAGGUAGUGGCAACAGACCAUGCAUUUACGUAUGAGGCAGAUUUCAUACUAAGUGCAAAAGCAUAUGCAAAAAUGGCAAAACCAGGAAAAGAGAUGGAAAUGCUUGAUUGUGAAUAUGUAGAUGUAGAAUAUGAGAGGAUUUCAUGCAAUUAUCCUGACAAAAAUGUCAUGGUUAAGGUUCAUGAACAUAGUUAUUUCCCGCAUUACUUAGCCUUGGUCUUCUUAUACCAAGGUGGAAUGUACGAUAUCACUGCCGUUGAGAUAUACGAGUGGAAUCACAAAGUAUUAAAAGAGUCUCUUGCAUUCACACUUCUCGCUCAAAGGGCUCUUGAGGCAAGCCAAGAAUGGAAGCCAUGCAAGAGGGCGUACGGCGCCGUAUGGGACAUAGAAAACCCACCAAAAGGGCAGCUAACUCUAAGAUUCUAUGCUUGUGGUGGUGGUAGCUCCGAAGGAAAAUGGAUGGUUGCUUCAAAUGUCAUCCCAGCUUACUGGAAAGCUGGUCUGGCCCUUGAAACCUCCAUUCAUCUUUCUUAA